AUGAGUGACUCAAAGUAUGCAACCACUGCAAACAAUGGCCAGUAUGGCUAUACAGAUCAAAUGAAACACGAGACUCGGCCGGAACUCUCCCCGGAAGAAGAAGAUAUAGUUGCAAAAAUGUUUAGAUUGGUUGGAAAAAGAUGGCAUCUGAUUGCUGGAAGAAUACCUGGAAGAAGUGCAGAAGAUAUUGAAAAGUAUUGGAAUGCAAAGUUCUCUUCAUCAACUGCAAGUUAA